UAACAAUGGCAUCCCCACUGAAUCUGAAAGAAGCCGCUGACAACCAAAGUUCGUGGGAUGCUUUGCUACCAGAUUUCCCUAAAGGACCGCUUUGCAAAUAUCGUAAGAAAGCUUCCUUUAACUGGAAGGAAAUGGCCAUGUUACUAGAUGGUGAAGAUAUCAUCCAGCUAAAGAACAGAAUCUUCUCUGCUCUGGAAAGUGAUCCUGUCUUUGCACAUCAUCCUGGGGAAGAUUUGUGCCAUGAGAAAUAUCAGGAGCUGACAUUCCUACGCUGUAGAAGGCUCUUUGAGUAUGAUUUUCUUACUCAGCAAGAGAUCAUAGAGAACCCAUUAAAGAUAUUUAAUAUGGUGAUCUGUAUAGGAAUGUACGACUGGUCUCCAUGUCUCCAGUAUUUCUUACAUUGCGGUGUAUUUGCAGGUACAAUUUUGAGUGCUUCUAAGAGGUUUGCAGACUUCGUGAAACAAGUUUAUAGCAUGGAGAUUUUUGGAUGUUUUGCUCUGACUGAACUCAGCCAUGGAACUAAUAUCAAAGGCAUACGGACUACUGCCACAUUUGAUCGUAGCACUCAGGAAUUUAUUAUCAAUACUCCUGACUUUGAAGCUGCAAAGUUCUGUGUUGGUAAUAUGGGGAAACAUGCCACUCAUGCAGUUGUGUACGCCCAGCUCUAUACUCCGGAUGGACAGUGCCAAGGAUUACAUUCCUUUAUUGUACAGAUUCGAGAUACAAAAACUCUCCUACCAAUGCCAGGUGUCAUGGUAGGUGACAUAGGAAAGAAACUUGGGCAGAAUGGAUUGGAUCAUGGAUUUGCCAUGUUCCACAACGUCAGAAUACCUAAAGAAAACAUACUGAAUACAGCUGGAGAUGUCACAGCUGAGGGGAAGUGCUCAAGUUCAACCAAGGAUGUUAAAGAGCGUCUGGGAUCCUUGUCCACUGGCAGAAUUUUGAUCACGGCAGUUUCCACGACCAAUUUAAAACUUGCCUUAUCAAUAGCCAUUCGCUUCUCAGCGGCUCGUUGUCAGUUUGGACCAACUGAUGAAGAAGAAAUACCUGUUCUUGAAUACCAAACACAGCAAUGGCGUCUUCUUCCUUAUCUGGCUGCCACAUAUGCCUUAGAUUAUUUCUCCAAAUCCCUGUUUGAGAACUUUGUUGAAUUUUAUGCAGGCCUAUUGACAAAGCAAAGGAGUCAGAGACAGGCUGAUUUGGGACGUGAGAUUCAUGCCUUAUCUGCUGCCAGCAAACCACUGUCUUCUUGGACUGCUCAGCAGGCAGCUCAGGAGUGCCGAGAAGCUUGUGGAGGACAUGGUUACCUUGCCAUGAAUCGUCUGGGUGAAAUCCGAAAUGACAAUGAUCCAAACUGCACAUAUGAGGGAGAUAACAAUGUCCUGCUUCAGCAAACCAGCAACUACUUAAUGAGCUGGAUGAAUUAUAAAGCUCCUUUUGAAUCUCCUUUUGGAACAAUAAACUUUUUGCAAGACUACCAUCAUAUCCUUGGCUGGAAAUUCACAGCCAUUAGUGUUGACGAUUGCAUGGACUCCUCAGUUCCUUUAGCAGCAUAUAAAUGGCUGGUUUGCUACCUGCUCCGAGAAAGUGACCUAAAGCUGAGUAAGGAGAAGCAGUCUGGGCGGAGUGAUUUUGAGGCAAAAAAGAACUGUCAG